AUGUCUGUGACUCAAGUGGAAGAUGGCUUUCCUUUUUGCACAAACUGGUCUUCUAAUGUCUCAGUGAAUGGGACUCGGGAACCCUUUGCAAGCCCUCUGACGGACUACGAUGAGGAAGAAUUUCUGCGAUACCUCUGGAAGGAAUAUCUGCAUCCCAAGGAAUAUGAAUGGGUACUCAUUGUUGGCUACAUUAUUGUGUUUCUUGUGGCUCUCAUAGGAAACAUCCUAGUUUGUGUUGCAGUGUGGAAAAAUCAUCACAUGAGGACUGUGACCAAUUACUUCAUCGUCAACCUCUCUUUGGCUGAUGUCCUGGUCACCCUCACUUGCCUUCCUGCAACACUAGUGGUGGAUAUCACCGAGACGUGGUUCCUUGGCAACAGCCUCUGCAAGGUGAUCCCUUAUUUGCAGACCGUGUCAGUCUCUGUUUCUGUACUGACCCUUAGCUGCAUCGCACUGGAUCGAUGGUAUGCAAUUUGUCACCCGCUGAUGUUCAAAAGCACAGCCAAGAGGGCCAGGAGCAGCAUCCUUGUUAUCUGGAUGGUGUCCUGCCUUAUCAUGAUCCCCCAGGCGAUUGUUAUGGAGUGCAGCAGCAUGUUUCCCGGAUUAGCUAACAAAACCAUCUUGUUCACUGUCUGCGAUGAGCGUUGGGGUGCUGAAUUUUUCCCCAAAAUGUAUCAUACCUGUUUCUUCCUGAUAACCUAUCUGGCUCCAUUGUGUCUUAUGGUGCUAGCCUACUUACAGAUAUUUCAAAAGCUGUGGUGUCAGCAGAUUCCAGGAACGUCAUCCAUAGUUCAGAGGAGAUGGAGGCCACUGCAGUCCACGGCACAGGCGCGGGAACCUGGGCCAGCAGUACACUUGACGAUUAGUGUGGUGGCAGCUGAAGUCAAGCAGAUCAAAACCAGGAGGAAAACAGCCCGGAUGCUGAUGGUGGUGCUCUUGGUUUUUGCCCUCUGCUAUCUCCCCAUUAGCAUUCUCAACAUCUUGAAAAGAGUUUUUGGGAUGUUUAACAACGCUAAAGAUCGAGAAACAGUCUACGCUUGGUUUACUUUCUCCCACUGGCUUGUAUACGCAAAUAGUGCAGCCAACCCAAUUAUUUACAACUUUCUUAGUGGAAAAUUUCGGGAAGAAUUUAAAGCUGCUUUUUCUUGCUGCUGCUUUGGUGUUGGCCAUCACCAAAAUGCCACCCCCAGAGGAAGGAGAAGCAUGGACAGUCGGAAGUCCUUGACAACCCACACCAGCAAUUUUGAUCAUGCUUCAAAGCUCUCAGAACAUGUUGCCUUGACUGGUAUAAUCUCACAGCCCACAAACGGCCCUGGAUGUGUUGGGAGCUGA